AUAUAUAAAUUCAAUAUGGAGAACGAAUUUGAGAGGGCGAGACAUCUGUCAGCCAUGGGAGAGAUCGAUCCGUCCUUCGUUCAAUUGCCAGACAAUCGGCCCAACCCUAAAACAGUGGACCCCGACGCCGUCGCUGGUGAAAUCCCCGUCAUCGAUCUCUCCGUCUGGAAUGAAGAGCUAGUCCAGCAGGUCGGCAGCGCCUGCCAGGCUUGGGGAUUCUUCCAAGUCAUCAAUCACGGCGUGCCCGUGGAAUUAUACAAGAAGGUUGAGAUCUGUGCAAAGAAAUUCUUCGAGCAAAGCCCGGAGGAGAAGAAGAAAGUCAAACGAGAUGAGAUGAACCCAUUGGGCUACUACGACGGCGAGCACACUAAGAACGUCAGGGACUGGAAAGAAAUCUACGACUAUCUUGUGAAAAACUCGGUGCAAUUUCCAGCCUUUCCCGAUCUCCAAGACCAGGAGUUGAGGACAAUCAGCAAUCGAUGGCCCCAAUACCCGGCUGAAUUCCGGGAGACAUUGGAAGAUUAUGCUGGGGAAGUAGAGAAGGUGGCUUACAGGUUGCUGGAGCUAGUUGCGUUGAGCUUGGGAUUACCUGCUCAGAGAUUGAAAGGAUAUUUCCAGGACCAACAGAUGAGCAUAUUGCGACUUAAUUACUAUCCUCCAUGUCCCUUCCCUCACUUGGCUCUCGGAGUUGGGAGGCACAAGGAUUCCGGUGCUUUGACGCUGCUUGCCCAGGACGACGUCGUAGGAUUGGACGUUAAGAGGAAAUCAGACGGUGAGUGGAUUCCUGUUAAACCCCUCCCAAAUGCUCUCGUCGUCAAUGUCGCCGACAUUCUUCAGGUGUGGAGCAAUGAUAAGUACGAGAGUGUGGAGCACAGGGCGGUGCUGAACAGCGAGAAGGGAAGGAUUUCGAUUCCAUUCUUCUUCUUUCCGGAUCCGCAUGUGGUGGUGAAGCCGUUGGAGGAGCUUGUGAAUGAGCAGAACCCUGCAAGAUACAGAGAAUACAGCUAUGGCAAGUACUAUGCCAACAGAAUCUACGGUGAUUUCAAGAAGCGUGAGGUCGACAAUCUCCAGAUUCAUCACUUCAAGAUUUUGGAUUAGCCAUCUGAAGCUGAUCAGCUUCAUCCAUCCAUGGCCGCAUCUGAUUAGAAAUAAAUGUGCUGCUUUUCUCUUGUCAAUAACAAAUGCUCAAUGUAAUGUGAUGUUCACUAGGUAGAAAAAUCUUUUUUAAAAAUAGAAACCGCACCUAUCUCAAUUUCUUUCUAAAUAUAUUUUUCAUUUCCUUUAA